AUGCUCCUUAAAAUUGGAUUCAUUUUGUGUCUCGUCUCGGCUUUAUCUGCUAUUGAAACAGAGCCGUAUGUGUCUGCAGUUAAAAGAUCUGGAUUCUCAGCUAACAGUCCAUCGGACGUGGUUCGUUGUCUGAACAGUGGACCUCAAGUGGGCUGUAGCGCAUUCUCCUGCCUUGAAAAUUCCAUGUGCGACACCAACGGUUUGCAGGAUAUUUGUAACAUCUUUUUCAACACUGCAGCACUAUUCAACACAGAGGGUAAGACCUUUUUCAAGGAAAGCAUCAAGUGCAUUGCAAAUGGCAUCACCUCUAAGGUUCUUCAGACCAUCCGCCACUGUGGCACCUUCCAGACGAUGAUAACUGAGGUGCAAGAGGAGUGUUACAAGAAACACAAUAUCUGCGGAGUAGUUCGAUCUAACUCUGAUGCUAUUGGAGAAGUAAUCCAAGUGCCCAGACAUUUUCCAAACAGGUUCUACAGCACAUUGCUUCAGAGCCUAACAGAGUGUGACGAGGAGACGGUGGAGGUGGUUCGGUCCGGGCUGAUGGCUAGACUAGGCCCUGAUAUGCUUACCCUUUUUCAGCUGCUGCAAAAGAAGCAAUGUCCCCAAGACCUCGAUCAUGGUUCUUCUGAAAUGGAUGGGCAUGAUGGCUUCCGCUGGCCUUUAGAAGUACCUAUGUUUAGGAUCCAACCCAACUUGCACAACAGGGAACCAAAUCAUCUCUUUGCCAAAAAACGUUGAGUUUAAAA